UCAACCGGGCUUAGGGGACGGGAACGGCAGGGGCAGCAGGUUUGGUUGCGAGGGACUGGAGUGAGGCGGCAGAAGCUUCCAGAAAAGAAAGAGAAAGAAAGAUAAAAAAUGUUGGGACGGCAAGUGUUGGUCUUAAGUCAAAAUGUGAAGCGGGAGUCCGGCCGUAAAGUCCAACAGGGCAACAUCAACGCGGCCAAGACAAUCGCAGAUGUUAUUCGAACAUGUUUGGGACCAAGAGCAAUGAUGAAGAUGCUGUUGGAUCCCAUGGGUGGCAUUGUCAUGACAAACGACGGGAAUGCCAUUUUGCGAGAGAUCCAGGUGCAGCACCCAGCAGCAAAGUCCAUGAUUGAGAUCAGCCGCACCCAGGACGAAGAAGUUGGUGAUGGGACCACCUCUGUCAUCAUCCUUGCUGGAGAGAUGCUGUCAGUUGCCGAGCAGUACCUGGAGCAGCAGAUGCACCCGUCUGUCAUCAUUGGCGCUUACCACCAGGCACUUGAAGACAUGCUCACUACCCUCAAGGAGAUCAGUACUCCUGUCGAUGUCAAUGACCGUGAAAUGAUGUUGAAAAUUAUCAAAAGUGCCAUUAACACAAAGGUGAACAAUCUUCAGAUUGACCUGGCCUGUAACAUUGCGCUUGAUGCUGUGAAGACAGUGGAGAUGGAAGAAAACGGCCGCAAGGAGAUUGAUAUCAAGAAGUAUGCCAAGGUGGAGAAGAUUCCCGGUGGUUUCAUUCACGAAUCCAGUGUGCUACGGGGGGUGAUGGUGAACAAAGACGUGACCCACCCACGGAUGCGCAGGCAUAUCAAGAACCCCCGCAUCAUGCUGUUGGACUGCUCGUUGGAGUACAAGAAAGGAGAGAGCCAGACUGAUAUCGAGAUCACACGUGAGGAGGACUUCACCCGUAUCCUGCAGAUGGAGGAAGAGUACAUCCAGCAGAUUUGUGAGGAUGUUAUCCGCCUCAAACCCAACCUGCUCUUCACUGAGAAGGGUAUCUCAGACCUGGCCCUCCAUUACCUCAUGAAGGCAAAUGUCACUGCCAUCCGUCGCAUCAGGAAAAGUGACAGCAACCGAAUUGCCAGGGCGUGUGGUGCUCGGGUUGUUAGCCGGACUGACGAGCUGAGGGAGGAGGACAUUGGAACCGGUGCUGGGCUGUUUGAGGUCAAGAAGAUUGGCGAUGAAUAUUUUGCUUUCAUCACCGAAUGCAAAGAACCCAAAGCUUGCACCAUCCUCCUGCGAGGAGCCAGCAAAGAGAUCUUGGCGGAAGUGGAGCGUAACUUGCAGGAUGCCAUGCAGGUGACUCGUAACAUCUUACUGGACCCACACCUGGUGCCAGGGGGUGGAGCGGUGGAAAUGGCCAUAGCGCAUGCCCUAACUGAGAAAUCCAAGACCAUGACUGGAGUCGAGCAGUGGCCAUACCGUGCGGUGGCUAACGCCCUUGAGGUCAUCCCCAGGACGCUAAUUCAGAACUGUGGAGCCAGCACCAUCCGUUUACUAACCUCCCUGCGGGCAAAGCACACGCAGGAGGGCUGUCAGAGCUGGGGAGUCAACGGAGAGACCGGGGCCUUAAUGGACAUGAAGGAGCUUGGCAUCUGGGAACCUCUGACCGUCAAAUCACAGACCUUCAAGACAUCGGUGGAGACCGCCAUCUUGCUCCUGCGCAUUGAUGACAUAGUGUCCGGUCACAAGAGCAAGAAGGAAGAUAGUCGUGGAGGAGACGGAGAUGCCUCGUACAAUUAAACCCAGACAGGGCUGAAACAGAAGGCAGCACUGCAGCAGGAAGGACCACCAUGAUGAACAACAGCCUCCUCGACACCCUUAACCACUUGGGAUGGGCAGCCCCCUCGCAACCACAGACUCUGGAAAUAUUUAUUGUUUAAAGAAGGGAAAAGACAGCAAGGUUCACCUCGGUCAGUGGGCGUUGGUUGGGUAGUGGGGGGUAGUGAAUAAAAUUACUGUUACCAUGUUUUGGAUGUCUGAUCAAGAGCAGCGUUUGUUUUCAUUUCAAGGGUCAGCAUUCAAUAAAGAUGGCUCCAACGUUGGAAA